AAGACACACAGAGGGAGAGAGAGAGAGAGAGAGGGGGGGAGAGGCCAUGGAGCCCGCGCACACCGCCGGCAGCUCGGCCCCGGCCCAGCCCGAGCCCGAGGCUGAGCCGCACACCGCGGGGGACAAGGCCCCGGAGAGCAGCGCCGCCGCCGCCGCCUCAACCUCGAGCCCCGACACCGCCUCCGCCACAGCCUCAGCCACAGCCACAGCCUCAGCCAAGCGGGGACACCAGGGGGGGGAGAGGGACAGGAAACACCAGAAAACCAGUGAAGGGCACUGCAGCAAGGUGGCUGCACAUUAUAACGAGCUGCAAGAGUGCGGUCUGGCCGCCCGCAGCCAAAGCCGCAUCUUCUUCUUACGCAACUUCAACAACUGGAUCAAGAGUGUCCUUAUUGGGGAGUGCCUUGAAAAGAUGAGGAAGAACAGACGUGACAUCGGGGUUUUAGACCUGGGCUGUGGGAAAGGUGGUGAUCUGCUGAAGUGGAAAAAAGGAGGAAUCAGCAAAUUGGUUUGCGUUGAUAUUGCUAAGGUCUCUGUGCAGCAGUGCUCCCAGCGAUACGGUGAUAUGAAAAGCAGAGGCCAUUCCAACGAACCUCUUUAUGCAGCAGAAUUUAUAACUGCAGAUUGCACCAAGGAGGUUCUGACUGAAAAGUACAAGGAUCCUGAAAACACCUUUGAUGUCUGCAGCUGUCAGUUUGUGUACCACUACUCUUUUGAGACCCAGGAACAGGCGGACACCAUGCUACGGAAUGCGUGUGAACGUCUUCGCCCUGGAGGCUACUUCAUUGGCACCACACCCGAUGCUUAUGAACUUGUCAAACGCCUGGAAGCAUCAGAGACGAACGCCUUUGGAAACGACUUGUACAGUGUAACCUUUAAAAAGAAGGGAGAUUACCCUCUGUUUGGCUGCCAGUAUGACUUUAACCUGGAAGGGGUAGUCAAUGUACCAGAAUUCUUGGUUUACUUCCCACUGUUCGAAGAGAUGGCGAAAAAGUACAAGAUGAAGCUCGUCUUCAAAAAGACUUUUGCCGAAUUUUUCAAAGACAAAGUUCAAAAUUCGGAGCACAAAACACUGCUGAAAAAGAUGCAAUCUUUAGAGCAAUAUCCUGCUCCAGAGAAUGGCAGCCUCGUAACCGAUAAAACAGAUUAUGACCACGCAGAAGAUUAUCUGAAGAAUCCACAAGCAAAAGUGCCACUUGGAACAUUAAGCAAGGCUGAGUGGGAGGCUACAAGCAUAUACUUAGUGUUUGCAUUUGAGAAGCAGCCAUAAAAAAAGAGCAUAUUAAUUGGAAAUUACUUUGGCAUCGAAAGCUGUUCAUCAGCAGUUCACAAGAAGUCUCUCCUCUUAAGUACAUCAACGGACAACUUUCAGCUGCUUUAAAAUACAGUGUUUUAAGAUAUUGACAUUUACAUCAAGAAGGUGGCAUUUCAGUGAGUUCCAUGUGCUCAAAUGAAGAUAAAGGUUAAGGAAAUUGAUGGAUUCCUCAAUGUUCGUGUUGUCUGAUGAUGAAUUUUCUUUUUUUUAAAAAGAAUGCUUUGUAUAGAACUUGCUUAUGUUUUAGCUGCAAAGAAGCUAAUUUUCCAUUUUUUAUAUUUUAUUUAAAAAAAGGUCUUGAAUGGUAUUUUUACUUUGACCGUAUUUUUGUUGAAGGUUAUUUGAAUACGGUUAAGCUUAGAUAAAGGUUACAAAGCUGGAUUGGUUAUUCAAUAUUUUACAGUAAAACUUGCAUAAGUCUGAUCUGUAUAAAUCAUAUAAUUACCUAAGUUGUACAUCUGCCCGAGUCCUAUUCAAGAGUUUAUAUUCUAUGCAAGUUUGACACAACUCGUAGUUUGCGUAAGUCAUAUUAAAUGUAUGGUCCCAACUGAUACGACUUAUGUGAGGUUUACUGUACUAUCCUGUAAAUGUUUGAUCAAAGAGAGUGAUUUUUGUGGUCCUGUUGAUGCAGAUCUGGUGUUGAGCUUCUGAACAGGCAGUCGGAACACUUCAACGAUAUCGCAAUGUCCUGGCAUAUUUCCCACUACUGUUUCUCCUUGUAUUGCAACGUCGUGUAGCAUUCACCUGUAAAUAGUUAUUUGCGAAAAAGGGUGACAGCUGGGUCAGAUUAUUUUUGUUUAAUAUGCUGGCAUUGAAAUCAGUGCUAACAAUAAAGUGUUUUGAAAGCGAAA